AUGUCGUCGACGGCAUUUGAUGGAGAAGCACCAGAAACGGACGACGAAACCGAAGAGGAGAUUUUUGAGAAUACACAAGUAGGAUCAGCUUCAGCAAAACGAGAAGAAUCACAUCAAAAAUUUUCCUCGGUAGACAGAAAACUGGAAAGAAGAUGGACCCAAGUUGCAACAGGAGCAAUUCAAAUAUGUCGAAAUCGAUGCAUGAAUGAAGAGAAGACUAUGCAAAAAGUGAUAGAAUCGGCUGCUGAAUAUUUUACUUCUAUGCAGACUGUCGCUGCCAAGCUGAACGUGGUUCAUACAAAUGUGACAAGGCUGGAGGACUCUGUGGCAGACUUGCUCGAAGCAUCAAAAUUGAUUCCAAACAAAUGUAUAAAUCGCGAUCUGAACAUUCCCGAAUUUUUUUGA